GGGCCUGGAACCUGCCGACCUGCCCUCCGGGAGUGCACUGCGCCGGCUUGUCACCACGGGGCCCCGGAGAUCAUGGGGAAGCUGGUGGUGCUGACCCUGCUUGGGGCCGUCCUGGCCCUAAUAGGGGAGAGAUUAGUGGCGUUUAGACAAAGAACAAAUGCAUCUCGAGCAGUGGAGCCAGUAGACCUCCCAAACUGCCACCUUAUUGAGGGACUUGAAAAUGGCUCUGAAGAUAUUGAUAUACUUCCUAAUGGGCUGGCUUUUAUCUCCAGUGGAUUAAAAUAUCCAGGCAUGCCAAACUUUGCACCAGAUGAGCCAGGACAGAUUUUCUUGAUGGAUCUGAAUGAGCAAAACCCAAGGGUGCAGGCACUAAACAUCAGUGAUGGUUUUGACAAAGCAUCAUUUAAUCCACACGGAAUCAGUACUUUCAUCGACAAAGACCAUACCGUGUAUCUUUAUGUUGUGAAUCACCCCCACAUGAAGUCCACGGUGGAGAUAUUUAAAUUUGAGGAACAACAACGUUCUCUUGUACACCUGAAAACUAUAAAACAUGAACUUCUCACAAGCGUGAAUGACAUUGUGGUUCUUGGGCCAGAACAGUUCUAUGCCACCAGAGAUCACUAUUUUACCAACUUCUUCUUGGUACUAUUAGAGAUGAUCAUGGAUCUUCGCUGGACUGAUGUUCUUUUCUACAGUCCAAGAGAGGUCAAAGUGGUAGCCAAAGGAUUUAGUUCUGCCAAUGGGAUCACAGUGUCACUAGACAAAAAGUAUAUCUAUGUAGCUGAUGUAUUGGCUCAGAACGUUCAUGUACUGAAUAAGCAUCGUAACUGGGAUUUAACUCAAGUGAAGGUAAUACAGUUGGGCACUUUAGUGGAUAACUUAACUGUGGAUCCUGACACGGGAGAUAUUUUGGCAGGAUGCCAUCCUGAUGCCAUGAAGCUGCUGAUCUAUAACUCUGAGGAUCCUCCAGGGUCAGAAGUGCUUCGCAUCCAGGAUGUUUUGUCUGAGAAGCCCAAAAUAAGCACCACGUAUGCCAAUAAUGGCUCUGUGCUUCAGGGAAGCUCUGUGGCUUCUGUGUACCAUGGGAAACUUCUCAUAGGCACCGUAUUUCACAAAGCUUUGUACUGUUUGUUCUAGACUCUAGACAUCCCAAAAAGUCUUGUCAACCAACGAAAGACAAAACUGCAAGCUGCAAAAUAAAAUAAAUGUGUUUA